AUGGAAUUAUUUAACAAGGAAGAAGCGAGCUUCGAGACUCUGUUAAAACGAUUACUCGUUGUCUGUGAGUCCCAUAGCAGGUACCAUGGUUCGAGCUUGGACCCAAUGGUUAAAGUUGGUCAUGAAAUGAGAAAAAUUAGCGGUUACUUGAGAUGCAUUUUGAGAAAGCAUGCUGCAAAUCAUGAUGACAUGUCUCUAACACAAUCCAUAGUGAAUUCUUACAAGAGUUUAUUCAAAGAUGCGCAAAUACUCGAUUUGUAUCAUAAUCUUUUAUUUGGAUGUAUGCAUUUGCUUCUCGAUGCGAACAUGUCAUACUUUAGGAUGGAUUCACAAAAGCUUUUUGCGGUAUUACUAUUCAAGGUUUAUUAUAAGUUGAGGGACAUUUUCUAUGUCACAAAUGAAGUACGACUAGGCUCCCUAAUCAGUGCGUUUGUAUACAAAUUUAAAAGUUGCUAUGACUUUAUAAGCUGUAACUCACUGAAAUACGGAAGCGUUCGUGACGUUAUAUCAGGCGAAGUUUCCCUGAUUAAUCUUCCGCCAAUCGAUUCCAAUAAGGUUAUAAAUAGAGCAUAUUACAGACUAGAUGUAAAGAAGUUGGCGAUCAAUAAUAAACUAGUUGAAAUCCUUGAAUUAGAUAAUGGGGAGAUAGCUAUAUUUGAGGUUCUUUCUGAAAAAAUGCCAUACACAUUACAAACCAUUGAUAACUUGUUCCAAUCCCUUGCGUUAGGAAACCAUGACUUAAUGAAUGUCGGGAGGUCGCUGCUAUUUCGACCAUUUAGGUCCGGCGAUCUUGAUCUCAUCAGACUUGAUGAUAGUGGAGCAAAACUAAAGGUACCGAUAAAUAAUAGCAUUGUAUUGAGGUUAACUUGCAAAGAUCCUAUUCAAUGGCAAGAGUAUUGGAAACAUGUUAUUAGAAAGCUUUUCGACUCAACAGCUACAAAAGAAUACAAGCGAUCUGGAAGUAAAAUUUCUCAACAGGUUUAUGUUAGGAGUAACAACCCUGAUUAUACUUCUCCUAAAAGAAAUGACGAUAUGCCUAUUAGCUCUGUAAAGAUAUCAGAUACAAUACACAAUGGUCGCACACUGCAUAGAUCAAUUCCUUUGCCGGGAAGUCUGUCUUCCUUAAUAGAGACCUCUAAUGAAUACCCUGACGAGGAGUCACUGUCAAUCAUGAGUGAGAGGGCAACAGUUAGCGAAGAUUCAGAUCUUGACACCUCUCUGAAAGAUAUUGAAUCCCUAAGUUGUGAAAAGCUAAUUGAAUUGGAUAAGAGCAUUCAAGUACCUCUCUCGCCUAAAUAUAUGGACACACCUACCUUAAAAAACAUUAGAACAGCUUCUCAAACUUUCAGCCUGGAGAGUGUCUCUCCCGAACUAAUAGAGAGUGUUGCGUCUGAAAUUGACGAUUCUGAGAGUAUAAUUUCUGAAGAUGGAAAGGAUAAACGAGAUAAAGAUUUAUUCGAUCCAGAUAUCGAUUUCUAUAAGCCAACGCUUUAUCGGCGUAAAUCUUCAUCUUUACUAAGCAUCUUCUCAAAAAACAAAAAGAAUCUAACUAUCGAUAUUCCCAAAAAUCAUUCAAGAUCAUUGUUUAGUUUGCCAGGCAAUCAACAAUCAGUUACCCCGGUAUCAGCAACCCCCCAUGACGAUAACGUUGAUGAAACGUAUGUAUCGUUUCCGUUAAGCAUAAACACAUCUGGAGGAGCAGUAUAUUUCGAAAACGAUUCGGUAAAAGUUUCCCUUUGGAACGGCAAGUCAUGGGUGCCUUUGAGUAAGGACAUGCUGUGUUUGUCUUUAAUUUUAUCCGGAGACAACGAGACCUUACUAAUUGUAUAUAAAGACUUCGAAAAGGAGAAGUGUAAAUUGGUUGUGAAAUUGGAACCCACCUGGAAGUACAAUAGAUCAACGGCACAAGAUGUUCAACUUCGGAUUCCUUCCUCUGAUUUCAAAGCUAGUGUAUUUGGAACACUCCACGAUCUCACGCUGUCUAUACGCUGUGCGCAAGCUGCUAAGUUGGUGAAUGUGUUACAAUAUCAGUUACAAAGUAGCCAGACAUCAUCCCUUUCACCCUCAACCACCACAGGAACUUUAUCAACGGUAUCUUCGUCUUCAUGCUUCAGUCGUAAUGUUACUAGAUCAUCUACUGAAAAUUCAGAAUUGGCUAAUAUGAAAGACUCAUCAGAAUAUAUAAGUUCUUCACUUCUGUUAUCUUCUGUUAAAGUAAGGCAACUGAGAAAUAUGUGA